UUAAUAAACAAAUACAUGUUUUUGAGGUCGAUAUUUUCUUCCUCGCGUGAAGUUUUCCUUGCUUUGAAUGUGCUGCACGCGCCAGCCCCCGCGUGUCCUCUAAGCGCGCGCGCCACCAGGAAAUGGAGGCGCGGUGACGACGAAGAUGAUGAUGUAGCCGCAGCCGCGCAGGAUUCGGGGCAGUCGCAGAGCAGAGCGGAGGAGAGACCAGAGAAAACUUCUUUAAGGAUUCCGGGGACGAUGAGUGACGCAAACCAGCCCAAACUGGAACUUUUUGUGAAGGCAGGAAGUGAUGGUCAGAGCAUCGGGAACUGUCCUUUCUCCCAGCGCCUCUUCAUGGUGCUGUGGCUGAAAGGAGUCGUCUUCGACGUCACCACCGUCGACAUGAAGAGGAAACCAGACAUCUUGAAGGACCUGGCACCGGGGGCUCAGCCUCCUUUCCUGCUGUACGAGAGCGAGGUGAAAACCGACACCAACAAGAUCGAGGAAUUCCUGGAGGAAACCCUCUGCCCCCCGAAAUAUCCUCGUCUGGCUGCUCGGAACCCGGAGUCCAACACUGCAGGUCUGGACAUCUUCUCCAAGUUCUCCGCCUACAUCAAGAACUCAAACCCUCAAGCUAACGAGAACCUGGAGAAAGGCUUGCUGAAGGCUCUGAAGAAGCUGGACGACUACCUCGGCUCGCCGCUUCCUGACGAGGUCGACGAGAAUAGCGCCGAUGAGGUCACUUCCUCCUCGCGGCCCUUCCUGGACGGCCAAACCCUCACUCUGGCUGACUGCAACCUGCUGCCCAAGCUGCACAUCGUGAAGGUGGUGUGUUUGAAAUACAGGAGCUUCAGGAUCCCCGACUCCCUGACAAACCUGUGGAGGUACCUGAACGCGGCGUACGCCAAGGACGAGUUCUCCUCCACCUGUCCUGUAGACGAAGAGAUCCACAGCGCCUAUUCGUGUGUGGCGAAGGCCCUGAAGUAGGACGACCACAGCAAAACACGAUUCUGACCCAAAACAUAAACUCUGCUACUCUCUUUAAGAUUCAUCAACAGUUUAACGGUUUACGCCAUUCUCCACCGAUGCUUCACGCUCUUACUUUUCCGUUUAUUGAGGUCAUUCGACACAAAGCUGCCUAACAGGUCCGAGUCUCCAGCCUUUCACACGUGCAGACGCCUCCGUUAUCCGUCACGGUUCACGGCGGGACGUUUGCAUAACCAGCAGCAUCAGCGGCUCACCUGCCAAAAAGCUUUCCUCCUCUGCCACAGUUCAGCCUUUCAGUUGGGAAAGAAAAUGUUUGAAUGUGGGACGUCAUCGAGGAUGUGCUGCAUCGAAAAAAAAAACAAAACAGGAAACGGUUUCAGAAGACUCCGGCUUCCCCUUUCUGAGCGCCUUCUGCGGCGCGAGGCGUCGGCCUCACGGUUACGGAGCAGUUUCUGAUGGACGUUUAUUCACCUCUUUCUGCCGUAACCACAUUUCCUCAACACUCAGAAGCUGCGUUUUCUCUUCAGUCGCAAUUCUGCAAGAAACAGUGUCAAAUCUCUUCAUUUUCUUCAUUUUUCAAUUCUCAAAUCCAUAAAUAGCAAAAAAAUGGCUUCUCUGUUCGUUUUUUAAUUAAAAAUCAUAAUUUAA